AUGCCAAUCGAUCUACUCGUGCCUACCUUCCAACGAACAAACAGGUGUUUAACUCGUCACUGUCGCGUCGAUGUGGAUGAUCGACCAGCCGGAGGCCACCCGCACGGCGUUGCUGCUGCCGCCAGCACGGAGUACGCGAAGGCGGCGGCGGCGGACGACGACGACGACUGCUCGGAGGGGGUCGUGCAGGUGUCCCAGGUCAACGCCGGCCCGCUGCCGAGCGGCAUCCCCUCCUACAGCGUGACCAUCACCAACACGUGCCUGGACUGCACGGUGCGCGACGUCCACGUCUCCUGCGGCGAGUUCGCCUCCACGGUGCUCGUCGACCCCAGCAGCUUCCGGCGCCUAGCGUACGGCGACUGCCUCGUCGGGGACGGCGGGCCCAUAGGCCCCGGGGAGACCGUCUGCUUCGAGUACUCCAACUCCUUCAUCUACAGCAUGGACGUAGCGUCAGUCUCAUGCGGUGAUAUUUAGGCGUUCAAGUGUGGGGGUUUAUCUCUUGUUGCCAACAUAAUCUGUCCUAUCUUAGUGACGGCAAAUAAAAAGACCGGUGUAGUCUAUUAGCUCAACUCUUUCAGUAAUGCUUGGGGAAGGAUCUCGGUGUAUUCUAUUAGCUCAACUCUUUCAGUAAUGCUUUGGGUUUGUUUGUUUUUUUAGAAGGAAAAUAUAUUGAUCUUAGCACAUUACACCGGCACUUUCACAAACAGAACCCCAAAGAAAAGAAAAAUUACAAAGAAGUCCAACGCUCCUGUUCA